AUGCUGAAGGCUCAGACUCCCCAGCCAUCGGCCCGCCAGCCAAAGUUCGCAUCUGAUUCCAGGACUCCCCUCGCAGGCAAAGAUGACGAAAUUCUCUUGUCGCCCAUCCGUGACGAUUUUGCAUCCUCUGCCGAAGCGCAAAUACCUCUCUACACGAAGCCCAAACAGCCAGUCGAUGCUACUUACUACACCAAAGCAUGGUCUCCGGAGAUCAUUUGGUGUUGUCUGACCAUUGGCGUUCUCAUCGCCAUUGUUGCUGUUCUCAAGCAUUUCGAUGGGAAGCCGAUGCCUCAGUGGCCGAUGGAUCUGACCCUGAAUACUCUGCUGGCGUUUCUAGCUACGAUAUGUCGCUCGAUGACCAUCAUUCCGCUGGCGGAGGCCAUUUCACAGCUCAAGUGGAACUGGUUUGCAAACUGCGAACGGCCGCUGAACGACAUGUAUAAUUUUGAUCAAGCGAGUCGUGGGCCAUGGGGUGCUGUGAUGCUGAUUGUCAAAGCACGAGGGAGGUUCUUUUAUUUCACCUGGGUGGCGGCCAUUGUCUUCUUGUCCGGUCUUAUUACUUCGUUUGUCACGCAGUCGGCCAUCUCAUACCAAAGCACAUUCGCAGUUACGGAAAAAGCUGUCGCAUCAGCGCCCAUUCUCCGAUCAUAUCCAGACUCCUUUACAGUCGACGAUCCAAGUCAGAAGGAGUACUACAUUUCCUACGGCAUGACUCGAAGUUCUUUCCAAGCUGGUACUUACACAGUGAACGAGUCAUGGCCUCUCCCUCAACCGACCUGCUCCGAGAUCAGAUGCGAAUGGCCACAGUACAACUCACUAGGCAUGUGCGCAAGCAUUAGCAACGUAACUGAUCGUCUCAACGUCACAGAAAUUCCCAAUGAAGGGGGCAAACCAGAUUACAACGCUAGUCUCCCCGGCGAUUUGGGAUAUCUGUAUUGGAAAGCAUUACCAGGGGUAACCUCGAACAUGCAAGCCGAAUUCCCAAUUCAGUUAAACAUAACAUCUCCGCUGAGCGCUCGUGUUCGCCUCCCGAUAGCAGAGGAGAUCAAGCGCCCUCUCAAGGAGAGAUGGAACUCUCUUGGGCAAUGGAAUAAUGACGACCUACUUCCCGCUACGAUAUCCCAAGCCUUUUUCAUAUUCAGCAAUGGUAAUUCCGAUUCUAGCAGGAAGUUUCGGGCCGUUGAGCUUCUCUGGCACAUCUGUGUCCAUACCUAUGAGUCGUCAUUCGCCAACGGUACCGCCUCAACAAAUACAACCGCUCAUACUGUGAAGAUCAACGAAAUGCGUCCAUCUCAAGGAUCUCAGUACACCUCUUUCCUCAUGGCCAACGAACACGGAAACUCGACCUUCAACGUCACGGCCAACUACUUCGCAUUCCACACCCUGCAGGCUAAUCUCAUAUUCCAACCAAGCUACAGCACCUACAUUCUAACUGGUGGCUCCAGCAGUGGCGGCGGUGUGGCAGGCAUGUACGGGCACAAUUUGGGGCUGAACGUCUUUAGCUCCCUCCAAAGCAGCUCCCCGGACGAGGAAAUCGAUGAGAAGAGCUGGAAAAAUAUUAAUAAAAUGACCAACACGGUGGCAGAUGGCAUGACCGCAUUCCUCACUAUGUUCGCGAAAAGAGCUGACCCUGUUGGAAAUUUAAGUAUGAGGAACGGGGACAAGGAAGGCAAAGCAACUGGAAUCGCCUACAAGUCGGAGACGUAUGUGCGAAUCCGUUGGGAAUGGCUGACAUUCUUGGCGGCUCAGAUCUGCCUCACCAUCCUGUUCCUUGUGGCUGUCAUUGUUCAGACGGCGAAUCUCGACAUGGAAGUCGUCAAGAGCUCCAACAUGGCCGAGUUAUUUGCUAUUCAUGCUACCGAUUCUAAAGAUGACAGAGCCACGGAUUCCUAUGACCAGGGGGUUCGAUAUAAGGGCAUCGCAACCAAAAUUCAUCACGCUUCAACUGGAAAAUUGGUUAAAAAGGGGGAUGGGUGGCACUAUGUUACAACGAGCUCUUAA